ACUCGGAAUGCAAUCCAUACGCCAAUGCAAGUUGAAAACCCGCUGGACGGUUCGGCAGCGCAGCAUUAGUUUUUGGAUACUGCCAAUCUUGAGCAGGCUUGUGGUGCAUCCUCUUAAACCAUGACAUUAGCAAAUUGUGAUGGCUAGGUAUCGUUAUUGAGGGUUUGUGUAAACCACCAUCAGUCCAGUCAGCAUCACCAGAUACCGUCUUGACCGUUUCUUCCGCCCGGCACUUCCGCGUACAUCGUCAUCACGGUACCUCACGCUUACCCAUUCUUCAGUAUGGGCCAUGCAAAGUAGCAUCAGCCAGACAACUACAACGCCAUCAAGUCGCGCAUCGCAUCCCACUGGACUGGCCAUGACCAUGUGAUGACUGACUGACUUGAAUACCCUACCCUGUCUCUCUGGGCUAUCGUUAGUUGCAGAUGCACCUGCAGGGGGGUGUUCUUCUCGAUCCCCAGCCAUCUGCACCGAGUGGUCCAGCACGAAUAUGGAAGCUCGGCUUGUGUACGGAGUAUGAGCCUAGAAAUUAGGUGCCUCUGUUACUAAGUUGGUUAAUUAGAGCGCACACAAAUGCGCGGGUUCUCUUUGAUAGGUUAAGAUACUGCAGUGGACGGCAUGAUCGUUGGGGUUGUUGAAUUUGGCUGCGCUUGCGCUUGUUCUUCCCGUCGUCAUCGCUCAUGUCCCUUGCCUUUCACCUGCAUAUGGUGUGCGCCUCUUCCCCUUCUCUCCCUUUUCUCUCCCACAAACACACAACUCCCCAGGGACCAUGCGCGAUAGCUUCACCCUCCGCCUCGACUCGCCAUCUAGACGCUCUGCUCAACCAUGGCCGAGUUCAAUCUCCUCCAGUGGACUAUAAUCCUCAUUCUGAUCGCUGUCAUUCUGUCCCUCAUCGUCCUCGUCCAGAUCAUCUCCUCUUACACGGCCGCGUACCAAGCGGCGCCGCUCGAAAUUGCAACGUUUCUUGACACUGCCGACUUUUCUGUGCAAGAGAAUGAGAGCUAUGAUCGUGACGUCGCAAAGGUGCAGCGCCUUGAUGAUAAGAUACGCUUGACACGGCUCCUAAGGGAGAUUCAGAAGACGGGUGAUGAUUUGCGCGAGGAUAUCAAUGGUGUGGUGAUUGAAGAGGACACCACCAAGCUAAAGACUUCCGCCAGGCUGUUGUGGGCGUCGAAGCGAUCGAGGUUAGAGGACCGGGUUCGUAGACUCGACAUGCUACGCAUGCGCUUCCUUGUCGUUUAUAUGGGCGUCGUCGCAUCACAAACAAGCACCACUACUCAUGAGAAACCCUCUGCGCCGCCGCCUCCGCCACCUCUGCAUACGGCAAGGGAUCUGGAAAAACCACCAGUUUUUAGGACGCCAACCCGUCCUGCUCUUCCUAGAGGCUUAAUGGAGGGUAUCAUCAACCGUCCUCCCUUGCGCAGUUUGACUACCCAGGCUCUCGUUAACCACCCAGAGCCAAUACCAAAACCUAGCCGUAAGGGUUGGGCGGGAGUUGUUCAGGAACUACAAACAUCGCCUAAAAUGCAUCAGCGUCAUGCCUCAAUUGAGCGCGCCAUGUCAAGGUCAUAUUCCAAGUCGCCAUGAUCUCGAAGCAUCGGUUUGGUCCUAGACUUCAUGGUUUUCUUUUCAUUGUGGUUUCUGGUUCCAGCCACGGCAUAACUCUUACAGGCUGUCAAGUGCGACGAUACAGCAUGGACAUUACACGACCCUCAUUACACGGCGUUCUUAGUGCGGCCAGGUGGCCGCCAACAUAUUUACAAAACAGCAUAGUCCAGCAUGACAGCGGGCACUCACCACGAUCACUGGAGGCUUGAUUGAAUGAGUAACGAUUAACGACGGGUUGGUUUGGCGAGGAUGAGGCCUUGGGGGCUUUGUUCACGAGGAGUUUGGUUCCUUAGUUUCACUUCACUUCUGUAGAUGGGAUGAUACCCCUUUCCCGUGGCCUUAAGCCGUGGUAUUUCCUUAGCACGGUUGUUUUUUGUCUUAUUCUUAGCACUCUGUUCGCUUUUUGUCUUAUGAAUCACACUAUUCAUGAUUGAGACAUGCUUCUUCUUUUUUUUUUUAUUUUUUAUUUUUUUUUUUUUUUUACUUUGCUGCUGGUCCUGGAAAUUGGCAGGAAAGAACUGUUUAUCAAUGACCAGAGAUAGCUUCGGGGCCGGUACCAUUUCUCUCCCCGACUGUAGCAUUGUUAGUUAUAGUUAGACACGAGACGAAUUUAUGAUGCUGGCUUACCGUCAAGUGCAACCAAGAAGCGGCUUACACAGUUGUAGCAUGCAACCUGUUGGUGUAAGGAUAAGUUUGAUGGCUCCAGAGGGACAAGGGACUGUCAUACCGUGGCUGUGAUUUCCACAAUUUCUUGUUCGUUGAAAUAAUCCCGCAGACGAUCAAAGGUCUCGUCCUUGACUUGAACGUUCCUCGUCAUCUCAUCCGUGUACAACAGCACAGCCCAUUGCUUCUCUGAUAGCUCAGCAGGCCGCUCACCAAGUUCCUCGCCCUUGAUAGCCUCAAGUCCAGCCUCAGACACACCACCCUUGACAGCUAGCGGUGCAUGGUGCUUCCAUUCGUACCAGGCCUUGUUGCACACAGCAAUACGUGAAAUUGCAAGCUCUCGGAUGUCGUCGCUUAGAGAGGUCUUGGUGCGAACAGCGCCAAGGAAUGAGUUCCAGCCAUCAGCAACGUGAGGGGAGUGGAGAAGAGCUAAAUCCAGAGAUUGGAGAGGCCGAGGGGCGCGGCGCUCUUCUAUGCGCUUUACAAUGGCGGCAUGCUCCUCAGACUUGGUCUCAGGAGGGUUGGAUACGUAAGGAACACGCAUGAUUGCAGAUAGUAUGAUCUAGUCGAUAUGAAUAUAGUAGCGUUUAGAGAUAAUGUUACCAGAGGGAAACUGCGUGUUUUAUAAGUUACAGAGUAAAAUGAGGUUGAGAAAACAAGUUGCGAGAAAGGUUACAUGAGAGGGAUGGUAUUCGCG